AUGUACUCUUUCAGUGCCCCAACACAACGUUCAUUCCACUCGUCUGCAUCGGCUCUUCUAAGACGUCCUUGGAAGACGUACAAGGACGGCACCCUCUUUUACGGCCAGUCCAAGUCGGGAAACAAGAGGGUUCCUUUAUCCACCAAGCAGGGGAACAAGAACUUCUACAAGGGUACCAGGUCGUCUGGUAUUGGUCGUCUCUCGGACAAGGGUAAGUACAUGAUCGACUACAACCGGGUGAGAACGUUUGUUCCUCCAGCGGACAUGGCCACCCCGCUGAAACCGCUUGUCUCUGCCAGUGUGCCUGUGCCAAAGAACACCUUCCGGGGGUACACGGGCGUCACCGACGGGCGUCUCUGGCUCGACAAGGUGAAGGAGUAUGUGGAAACAGGCGACGUGAAGUUCGUCAAGACAGAAACAUAUAUUGAGAAGUACUAA